AUGCCACUCGCCGAUUACCUCGCCGAUUACCUCCCCGAAUUCUUGACCGCGGACUCCGACAUCAUGGGCUUCUUCUCCGGGCUCGUUACCCACAUUGCCCCAGCAUUCAUCGUUACCUCUCCAAUCACCUCCUAUGCCGACCAGAUCUACUCCAUCCACCGGACGCGCUCGUCCGCCGGCUUCUCGCUGGACAUACCUUUGAUCAUGCUGGUUGCCUCUAUAUUAAAGAUCUUCUUCUGGUUCGGCGAUCACUUCGCGCUGUCGCUCCUCUACCAAGCCAUCCUCAUGAUCUUCAUGCAAGUCCUGCUCCUACACGUCGCAUUAAGGCACCGUCCGCCGCCUGCCGCGCAACACACGCCUUUCGCCGCGCAUCCGACACCGCGCCCGUACAACUUCUGGCAGUGGCGCCCGCAUCGGCCGUACUGGGCCUUCCUACUCUACUUCACGGGCGCGCUCGUCAUCCUGCAUGUCCUGCUGAGUAGCACCGAAUUUUUCACGAGCUAUACAUCCGUGCUCGGGUUUAUUGCUUUGGCGAUCGAGGCGUGUCUGCCGCUGCCGCAGAUUCUGUCGAACCAGCGCGCCAAGAGCACCAAGGGCUUCAGGCCCAGCGUGCUGCUGAACUGGUUGAUCGGUGAUACGUUUAAGCUGACCUUCUUCUUCCUCAGCGCCGAGGGCGAGGUGCCGUGGGCGUUCAAGCUCUGCGGUAUGUUCCAGGCGUGCUGCGACACGUAUCUAGGUGUGCAAUGGUGGAUGUAUGGAAACAGAGCGAAACAUGAGAAGGCGGACGACAUUCCUUUGUAG